UACAUAAGUGCAAGCACUUUUCAAAUGUUAUUCCGGAUCGAAAACAUGUCGCUCCAAGUUGGAUUGUUAUUCGUAACGCUCCUCGUUGGAAGCUAUGCAUUCCCAGCGCAAGAGCAGAAUAAAUCGAUGUUCUUCAACCAUACGGAGCCAUUAGUUCGUAUCGUCGGAGGUACCACCGCUAGACGCGUGCCAUUCAUUGUAGCUCUAAGUACUGGAGUAUAUAUCAGAAACUUUGUCUGCGGAGGCUCUCUAAUCACCGACAGAUACGUCAUGACUGCUGCCCACUGCAUCCAAGCAGUGUUCAAUGGAGAACGUUUGCUCAAUUCUCUCCGUGCGACCGUCGGCACCAACCGUUGGAACAGCGGUGGUACUAUUUACCGUAUCGCCAGUAACAUCACUCACCCUAACUACGUACACAGCAUCAUUAAAAACGACAUUGGAUUUCUCAUCACCGCUGAAAAAGUAGUAAUGUCAACGGCAGUUCAGCCUGUUGUUCUGAACUAUGACUUUGUUGGCGCUGGCGUCGCAACCACUGUUAUUGGAUGGGGGAGAACUAGUACCAAUGGUUCGAUAUCCCGAAAUCUGCUGCAGCUCUCAGCCACCGUUAUCGAUGGCAAUCAAUGCGUAAAAGAAGUAGCCGAUCGCGCCUCACAACUCAACAUGAGAGUUUCGGCUGUCCAACCACACAUCGAAAUCUGUACUUUCCUGGCUUCUGGACGCGGCACGUGCAACGGUGAUUCCGGCAGUCCGCUGAUCCAAUCCGACCGCCAACAACAGAUCGGUUUGGUAUCUUGGGGUCUGUCGUGUGCACGCGGUGCUCCAGACAUGUUUGUACGAAUUAGUGCUUACCGUUCCUGGAUCGAGCAAAGCAUCAGAUGAAUACUAUCUAUGAAUACCAUUGAGUCUUCAAAACUUAGGAGCGUUUAUGAGAAAUGCCACUGAAAUAUAUUUUGUUGUUGA